AUCUUCCCAAGAUGGCUACUUUCGCAAGGCUGUAGGCUCUUUUCGCCCACUUACAAAGUAAGAUGUUUGGAAUACUUUUCAAUUUUUUCAAUAAUGCAUACAUUUUAUAGUAUCUAUUUGUUCGCCAGCAAUAUUCCCAGUGAUGAUUUCUUAUAAAGCAGAUUGCUAAUAGUAACAACAGUAACAGGUCAGACCCAAUCAAGCGGGUCGCACACGUUCUAUUUAUGAAUCUGACUCGAGGAGUAACGGCUCUUGGUUUUGGGGUCGGCAUACCAAAGAGCAUUAGUCACGUUAUGAAUAGAGAGUAUUUGAGAGAAUAUAGAUCAUGCCGUCCUUACAAUUUUUUCCCCUCCUUAAAUUGUGGAAAAAUCCUUUAACCCUUUUACACCUUGACAUAAGCAAAGUUAUCCGAUAGGGCAUGGUAGUAGACGUAGAUAGACGGUUCAGUAGUGAGUAGUAUUGAAACAGGUAAUCAUGAAUGAACUGCAGUGAGUGGAUCAGUUAAGUAGGCCUAUUCAUAAACUAUUUUAUCUACUCUGUCAACUGUCCUUCAGUCUCCUGUCCUUCAAAAGAAUGCAUUCAAUUUAUUGCAUAUACCCCGUAUAAUUUAUUUGGCCAUUAACAUGUAUGUUAUUAUAUAGCCAAGAAACAUUAAACAUUUAAAAAAUAAUUCUCUUAUUACUGUACUAAUUGAUGGAGGCCAGCCUGGGAUAAGACCAAGGCUUUUAAGGCCUAGAAAUAUUUAUUUAAUUUGUUUACUCUCUAGACUUACCUAACAUUUAAACUUUCAGUACUAUAAAUAACCUGCCAAGAUUUCUGUGAAUUUUAUUAUUAUAAUAUAUAUUAUAUGAAUUUAUAUUUUGUAAAAAUAUAAUUUACAUAUAAUAUAUUUACAUAUUAAAGAAUUUAUACAUUUUCCAUUUACAUAAUAUGAAUAUGAUAGAGGCCUAAGCCAAAGCAUAUUUAUUUUUCCAGCUGUAAAUUGAUUCGAUUUCCCUUUUUAAGAAUUCCAUCUACAAGAAUUGUACCGUGUAUUUUUCACCCUAUUAAACACAUACAUAUAGACCUAUUGAUUACUUAAGUAACCUUAAUUAUUGUAUAGGCUGUAAAGUAUAUAAUAUAGACCUACCCACAAUAGGUAGUCCAAACUGGAUAAAAAAUGUGUUUGAGCUGAGGGUCAUUUUUCACACAAAAAAUGAACCCACUUCUAAGUAUUAGUAUAAGUGCUGCACAAAUAAAAUUUAUAUGUAAAUCAAGUUUAAGUCUUUAUCUGGUGAAAUAUGCUACUUUUGUAUCUUUAACAUGUGUUUGAAAGGGUAUAUAAAUGACGUCACACGUCUAUAGGGAAGGGGGGUCUUAUUUUGUGACGGAGGGGGGGGGGAGGGGUUAAAGCAAUUUGACGUCACAUGAAAAGCGGAAUAUUAUAGUAAAAACAUUCACUAACAAAUCCAAAAUUCAGACUUUUUAACAUAAUUCUAAGGGUAUAUAAAUGACGUCACACGUCUAUAGGGAAGGGGGGUCUUAUUUUGUGACGGAGGGGGGGGGGGAGGGGUGAAAGCAAUUUGACGUCACAUGAAAAGCGGAAUAUUAUAGUAAAAACAUUCACUAACAAAUCCUAAAUUCAGACUUUUUAACAUAAUUCUUUUAUACAACAGUUGUAAUUAUUUUACUUUAAAACUAAGAUCACUGAGAGACUCAGUGCAGAUAUGCGAGGUCUACAAAAUGGCAUCUGAUCAAGCUACAGGAUGUCAUGGAGGAGGAGAAUAUGAGUGUAAUGACAUUGACAGUCAUGAGAAUGUAUGUCAAAAUGUGGAGACGGAAGUCAUAGAAUGAGGAAGUGGGCUGGAAUGAAAAAAUAGUUGACGGAGUGGGGGGAUCUUAGUAAAUGCCGUAGGUCAUGGAUUCUUAGCCUUUUUUCAAUUUCCGUAAAUUCAGCCCCACUCCGUCUUUAACAUUUCCCACAACACCCCCUCCCCCCAACCAUAUAGAUUAUAUUGUAAUAAAUUAAAAAUAUAAAAUAAAUAAUUUAGCUAUCGAAGUUUUAUUUAUUUAAUUAACUUUCUAUAAAUAGGGGGAAAUUACCAAUACAAGUAAUGCGCAAACAAAAGAAAAAUGCUUACAGCUGCUAAUCAAAAUGCAUUAACAAACUGAUUUUUUUUAAAAGGCAGCAAUGAUAGCAAUAGCAAAUACAAUUUUCUGGUCUUCUGCACCUCAGGACUCCAGGGGUGCUUUUACCCCUGAUUAAGAACCACUGUUCUAGGGAAAUAUUUCUGACACAUGUACAGUAAUUUGAUACACAUGGGAGGUGAAUUUCUUUAGGGUUUAUAAAGCACAGAAAUGGACAGAGGUAUUUUUUUAUGGGAGGGUUGGGGAGGGUUGCAGAGAUUAGUGAGGUUAUAAUGGAGGGGGGGAUCUAACAUUUUGUGACGAUAGGGGGAGGGGGUAAAUUUAAACACAGGAAAAAAUAUUUAUAGCAAAAGUUUCGAAGUUAUCAGAAAUGAAGUAAGAUAUCUUAAGGUGGUUAGGUGCAGCAAGCAUUUGAAAUUUUAGUUAAUUGCAUUUAUGAUAAAAUAAUUUUUUUUUUUUUUUAAACUUUCAUGGUAAUAAUACAUUCGGUGAAGUACCACAGCUUUGCAGUUUCACUAAUUUCAAAAGGCAUAUAUUCUCAAAUAAAUCUGAGUCACACACACAAAAAUAAACUUGAUUAAAUUUCAGUUUGUGUCAUUAUAUUGCAUAUAAAUGUUUCUUGAUGACAUUAAGUCACAGUGCAUAUUAUGCUGCCUAAAAUGAUCUUUCAUUUGAUAUAUGAUAUUUUAUGCAAGUCAAAUUUUUUCACAAAUUCUUGAAAUUGUGUAUUAUUUUCCCCUUUUUGUUAGGAAAAUAAAAACGAUUAAAAAGCAUUCUUGUUUUUUUAACUAGGGAAAAAAUAAACAUUGGUUGCUAAAAUCUGAUUUUAAACCAAUAAUUGUAUUUUAUAAUGCAUUCCUCAAGUUAAUUUUAUUUUUUAAACAUCCCUUUCUUUUUAAACUUAAAGCUUUAUAGCAUAUCAAUGUUGUGAAAAUUGGAUGGUCAUUUGUUUUAGUACUACAUCUAAUAUUUUGGUAGUUAAUGUAAAUUAGCUUUUUAUUUUAUUUUGCAGGGGGAAGAAGCUUCGGUUUCGAUGUGAUCAAAAGCCAACUUCUUAUACAGCUUAUAACGUGUGACCAUAAAGUAUCUAGUAAAUUUCAUCACCACCACUAGCUACGGCUCCUUGAUUUUUUUUAGUUCCCUGCCUGGUCAAGAUUAAAACGAGACAAGAUGGCAGAUGAUCCAGGCCACCAGGCCAUGUUAUACUUUUUGGAAAUUCUCAUGUACAGCAAUGCUCCAAUGAGCAUUAGCCAGCUAGCUGGCCGUUUUGGGAGCCGCAACUUCACCUCAGAAAUGCGGCAGAGCGCCGGUGGAAAUGAGGCCGGCCUCAAGAAGUUUCUUUUGAAGUACCCCUCCCUGUUUUCUGUAAAUGGUAACCUCGUUAGCCUUAACGAUGGUACUGCCCUUGGGGGAAAUUUUCGAGAGUCAAGUCCUGCCUCUUCCUCUGGCCACACUUGUCUCCCUGAUGUCUCUACAGAAACAGAGGCUGUCCAGUUCUUCAGAGGGAAGAUUUUGAAGAAGGGAGAUAAGUGGAUGCCAGUGAAGAGUUUAGCCGGGCACCUUUCUCAAGCAUUGCCCGAAAUAAGAGAGUGUGUGGGUCCUCAGAAUGAAUUCCUCACUUUUUUGCUCAAGCACCCACUUAUUUUCGAAGUAAAAGAUGACAAUGUAUGCCUUAAGGACAACAUCCGCUGCAAUGCUGCUGAUCCCGACUCCUCCUCAGAGCCACCAGUAUUACCACCAACAACACCCAAGAUAAAACGACGCCCAAAGUCCCAGGAUGUAUCUGACCUGCCAAAACCUGUCGGUGGUCGAACGGUCACUGUAGCUCCUGCACCAGCCAGUGCAGGUACCACAAAAGCUGGUCCAGUGACAAUGACUGCCAAUGAGUACAAGGCUGUAAUGUUCAUCAAGAGUAUAAUUCAGAAGAAAGGGGACAUGAAAGUGAACAGCUUGUCGGGUCACUUCAGCCAGGCUCCGGAGAGUCUGCGUAACACCAUAGGCUGGAGUAAACCAGAACUGCACCAAUUUAUUUCAGCUCAUGAUAAUAUUUUCACCAUUGGGGAGGAUGAGGUUGUUUCUGUAAUAAAAAACACAAGGUUAAAUGUCAUCAUAACUGGAAGUAGGCCACAUGUGCAGACAAAACCAUCAGUCAGUGGACGAAAAGGUCAGAUCUUUCACGUGGCCAAGCUCUGGGGAAUCAUAGACCUCGGCAUGCACGAACACGUCUUUAUUGACAGAACAAUUUUCGGCAAAAACAUUGAUGAUUUAAACAAGCUCCUCAAGAUAGGUGAGUGGGUAUUCUUUGAUGCUGUCCCUGCACCCAAAGGCAGUCGAGCUCGCUGGAAGGCCACAAAGGUAUGGAAGGAAAAUGAGUCUAUAGAAGAUCUGAUUGAAAAAGUGGCCGCUAAACUGGACCUUCCCAUUGAUGGAUUCCCCAGAGAGCCGCAGACUCCUCUAGGCAACAUGAAUGAUGAAAUCAGGAAAAUCUACCCAGAUCUGGAUGACAGCACUUUUUCAAACACCACACCGCUCAAUAUAGGAGGCAUCAAGUACUCAUUCCAGGAUGCUGCUCCAAGUGGCGCUGGUGUUGUCCCAGUGUGGAAUUUUCACCAUGUUGAAUUGGAGGGCAUGAAAGAUGUUGAUGAGUUGAAUUUCAGUGAUGAUGAGGGAGAUAUUUCCCCUCAGGUCUCCAUGGUUGCAGAAAGACAGUACAUGAAUCGUUCUGUGCUGAUGGAUAGUCCAAGAACACCUGCCAACAACAGCGAUGGCUCUGGCGGCCUUAAAAAUAGCAUAGAGUUGGAAGGUGUGAGAAGAUUUGUCACCAUUGGUUGUCAGACCAUUGUAACAGGUGAUGUUUUAGCUACACAGCUAUUUCAUGAAGAUAUGUAAAUAUAAAAGAUGAUUUUUUUUUCUCCAAAUGUUAUCCUAAAUAAAGAUCAAUUAAUAGUUCUUUAGAUGCAUUACCUUUCCAAUAACUGGAUUAUUAGAAAUUAAAUGUAUCUAACCUUUAUUACUUCAUACAGUAGCUUGAAGUUAAUAUAAGUUAUAAUUUUGCUUUACAACUUAACAUUUUAAUCCUGUAAGUAAUAAAUCAUGUCAGAAUUAUAUUUUAUUUUAGUUCAUU